GGGAAUUUUCAGAAGAAGAAGAAUGAUAAGGAGCGCCGUCAGUGAGUCUUCUUCUCACUAUCAAACUUCAAUCCAGAGAGAAAGGCGAGCGAGUUACAAAAUGGGAGAUCCAACUCACCUCGAGAAAAUGGGCAGGGAGCUCAAGUGCCCCAUCUGCUUAAGUCUUUUUGACACUGCAGUCUCGCUUACAUGCAAUCAUGUUUUCUGCAAUUCAUGUAUUGUGAAAUCGAUGAAAUCAGGUUCCGAUUGUCCAGUCUGUAAAGUGCCAUACCGGCGCAGAGAGGUUCGCGCUGCUCCUCAUAUGGAUAACUUGGUCAGCAUUUACAAAAGCAUGGAAAUUGCUUCAGGAUUCAAUAUAUUCGUCACUCAGAAUCAACCACCAUCAACUAAAUUAUCAGAUGUACAAAAGCAAGUAGGAGACGAUACGGACCGUGGCAGAGAAGAUAUUGGUUGGAUUUGUCAGGAUAUGCUGGAGGAGCAACUUGAUAUAUCCAGACAAAAAGAUUCAAGGAAACUUGAUGAAUCCAACAUGGAAUUAUGUGGUCCCAUUAAAUCGAAACCUUCGUUUCCAACCAAGAAAAGAGUUCAGGUGCCACAAUGCUCUCUUUCAGGCACAUCGGCACAACCUGAGAAGCUACAAACUGGAUCAAGAGAAAUAAAAAAAUAUGACUUCAAAAAUGAUUCAUCAGUCUCAAGGAAGAACCCUGUUGUCGAUGGAAAGGGAGAGCGCAUGCUAUCGCCUUUCUUCUGGUUGAGAGAUGAAGAUGGAGAGAAGUCAAGUCAGCAUACUGACCUGGAUCAGCUUCUGGAUAUCACACCACCAAAUGUUCCUACUUUCAGUGAUAUCAAAGACUCAGAUGACGAAAACCCCCCUGAAUCAUCCUCGAAAGGGGCAGCGUGUGGCAACGAAUCACAUGUUGCAGAUUUUUUUGACAGUGAGAUGUUUGAAUGGACGCAACGAGCUUGCUCUCCUGAGAUUUUUUCAAGCCCAGCAAAGAUGCAGGCUGAAAAAACACACAAAGUGGAUGCAAAUACAAAUGAAGAACGUAGUGCUGAAAGCAAAAACUGCACCGAUACCAAACCGCGAGUGGGUAUUUCUGAAGACAUACUGGCCAAUCUAUCCUCUCCAAUAGUUAAAAGUGCAAAUUACCAAAUCGGGCGUAAUACUUCCAAGAAGAGAGGCAGGAAUGCUAAGAACACAACAUUAAGGAAUUGUGCUCGGAAGAAUGCAGAUAAGGAUGGUAGGUUGAAAGGAGAGAAUGUUUCUUCUGUUUCAGUUAGAGAAAAUUUGGACCAGGCUGAUGAAAACAAGGUUACUGGUCAGCUGUCUAUUUCAUUUGAUAAGAAACAAGGUCGCAGUAAUCUUAAAAGGAAGAAGAAUGGAAAAGAGAGUAGAAAGAUCAGUCUCCGGUGCAAGGAACGAAAGCUGGAUUCUGUUGAGAUAAACAUGAUUAAAGGAGUCUAUUCAAUACACAACCAAAUGGACAAAGAUGAACACGCCCAUGAUUACUUUUUACCCGUCCCUGUGCUUGAAGAUAAAAAGCCCUCAGAAGUCAAGGGGAAACCUGGCAAACAAGGGGAAGAAGUCAGGUCUGCAUUGUGUCCAGAACAUAAUCAAGAAUUAAAAUGUAAGAAAAACAUGGAAGUUUCAUUAGAUGGUAUCAUAGAAGAUGGAUUAGUCAAUGACCAUCAAGAAGGUGCUGACAAUGUCUUUGCAGAGGAAGCUCAGUCCACUGAAAAUAUUACCGGCAACACCGCAAGGGCAACUGAAUCUGCUGAGAAGGUUCAAGCCAGUCUUAAUACUGGAAUUCUUGAUGAUUUGGCAACAUUAAAGGAUCAUUGCCAAGAAAAUGGAGCGGCCAUGCUUAACUGCAAACUUAAUUAUAUUAUUCAAUGUGCUUUCUGUCUUUCUUCAGAAGUCUCAGAGGCUUCAGGAGAGAUGAUCCACUACAACAAUGGCAUACCUGUGGGGGCAGAUUAUAAUGGUGGAUCCAGGGUCAUACACUCUCAUAAAAACUGUGCUGAGUGGGCACCUAAUGUCUACUUCGAGGGUGAUAAUGCAAUUAACCUUGAAGCUGAAUUAGCUAGAAGUCGGAGAAUUAAGUGUUGCUGCUGUGGACUCAAAGGUGCUGCUCUUGGAUGUUACGAGAAGAGUUGUCGCAAGAGUUUCCAUGUUCCUUGCGCAAAGUGGACCCACCAAUGUCGAUGGGAUACUGAAAAUUUUGUCAUGUUAUGCCCUCUUCAUGCUUCUUGUAAGUUGCCUAAUGAAAGCAAACAAUCUCAAGAGAGGAGAAAAAACUGCAUUUCAAAAGGACAAACACCAAGGCAAUACAAUCAAGUUACUUUCAAACAUGACAUCAAUAUGCAUAAAAGUCGGAAAUCAUGUUUAACGGAUGACAAGUUGGUUCUUUGCUGUUCGGCUCUCACAGUUGGAGAAAAGGAAAUUGUUUCUGAGUUUGAGAGUUUAUCUGGAGUUACAGUCUUGAAGAAUUGGGAUUCAAGUGUCACUCAUGUCAUUGCAUCAACAGAUGAAAAUGGAACAUGCAGAAGAACCCUUAAAGUUUUGAUGGGUAUCUUGAAGGGGAAGUGGAUAGUGAACAUUGAAUGGGUCAAGGCUUGUAUCAAAGCCAUGAAAUUUGUUGAAGAGAUGCGAUAUGAAAUUACUGCUGAUGUUCACGGAAUCAGGGAUGGUCCACGAAAUGGAAGACUAAGAGUCCUGAACAAGCAACCAAACAUUUUUGAGGGAUUUAAGUUCUAUUUCAUGGGAGAUUUUAUUCCUUCUUACAAGGGAUAUAUACAAGAUCUUUUAGUUGCUGGUGGAGGAACAAUUCUGCACAGAAAACCCAUUUCGGGAGCCCAGGGAACCUUUGUACUGGACUCUGAACCUCCAACUUUCAUAAUAUACAGCCUCGAGAUGCCUGAUAAAUGGGAUCCUAGCAAGAAGAAUAUGAUAUUAAACCGAAGGCAGUCUGAUGCAGAAGCUCUAGCUAGUUCAACCGGAGCAAAGGCGGUAAGCAAUAAAUGGGUUUUGAACUCUAUAGCAGCCUGCAAAUUGCAAAGUUUGGCUCAAUAAUGCUGGAUUUGUAUUUCAAAAUUGGGAGCUCUGUACAUGUUUCAUCAAGACUUAGUUAUGAGCAUUGCCUCUUUCAUACAUCAAUUCACGAGCAGGUUUUACUCAA